UUGUGGGCCUGCCUGCAAGACAAUUCAUUCAUGCUGCGACUGCCACACAGGAACCACAUUAUUAAAUCACAUUAUUAUCAGCUCUGUACAGAGUUCCCAUUGCCAUAUCCGAAAUAUCAGAUUUUUGUGUACACUGCAAGAGUUCCAUCUCGAUGAAGACCAACAAGGAAACCGAGGAGAUUUCAGGAGUCACUUUGAAUCAUUUUGCUGAAGACAUUCCAUCUAACGAGAGGUCGAAGAAUGGCUAUGUUUUCCAAGAGAUGGAGUUACAGGAUGGGGCACAGGAAGGUUCAAGUCAAGAUUCACCGGUGACUCACCAGGGCCAUAUCUAUGACAACCAGACCCAGAUCAGUGUUUCAGAUCCUGACUGCCCUGGGUUUGGGCUUUUAAAUACAACAAGAAAAUAUGUGAAGCCAAUGGACUUCCAGGAGGAAGUGCGUGCCCACAGAGACGUAGACAGCUUCCUGGCUCAAGCAAGCAUCAUUUUGGAUGAGAAAGCUGCCACUCUGGAUGAGGUCCUGAGGCAAAUGAUAACUCAAGUGGUGGAGGACGGCCAUAGAAUCUGUGACGUAGACGAGGUCAUGAACUCGCUGUUCACAGACGCAGGAGGAAAGGAGUUUAAUGUUCACCUUCUGUCAGAGACCAUUCAGGGUGUGACUGCUACUUCCACUGGCAUUCAUUACCAGCAGUCCUGGCUCUGUAUCCUCUCCAGUGUGAGGAGCCUGCAGAAACGUCACGUCUGCAUCGCUUGCCUGAAGAGGCCACAGAACUGGGGAGUCAACUGCUGCGAGGCUCGCUACGUCAUCCUCAUCCUGGCCCCUCCCAGAACAAAAAGCACCAAGACGGCCAUUGAACUUGGCAGAACCUUUGCCACGAUGUUCUCCGACAUUUCCUUCAGACAGAAGCUUCUGGAGGCCAAGACCCAGGAAGAGUUCAAACAGGAGCUGGUCUACAAGCGACAGCAGCUCUCCAUAGUCAAUGAGAAGUCGACCGUAGAGGAAGUGGAGGACCCAGAUCCACGUAGAGGGAAAUCACUUCAGUGCACAGAUUUCUUUAAAGCCGGUAAAGGUGUAUUUGAAGACCUCCGCCGCAGACUCCCCCUCUACCCAUCAGACUUCACAGAUGGUUUAACUGGGAAGGACCGCUGUCUGCUGAAGUACACGACCACUGCUAUUUUCCUCUACAUUGCCAUUCUACUGCCUGCUAUUGCCUUUGGCUCACUGAAUGACGAAAGCACCAGAGGGGAGAUAGAUGUUCAGAAGACUAUUGUUGGCCAAGGCAUUGGAGGAGUGAUCUACGCUUUGUUUGCUGGCUCACCACUAGUCAUUCCACUGACCACCGCACCACUGGCCAUCUUCAUAAGUGUCAUCAGGGGCAUCUGUGAUGACUACGACCUUGACUUUGAUGCUUUCUACGCCUGCAUCGGUUUGUGGAACAGUCUGUUCCUCAUCCUCGGAGGCUUCUUCAAUGUCAGCCUGCUGAUGAAACUCUUUAAACGCUCAACAGAAGAAGUCAUUGCAUUGUUCAUCUCAAUAGCAUUUGUUGGGGAUGCAGUUAAAGGCACUGUCAAAAUUUUUAAGCACUUCUACCAUGGGCCAACACUGGCGACAACAAACAGCACAUUGGUGCUUCAGCAAAUAAAAGAGAUUCUAGAGAAGAACCAGACGGGAAACACACUCGGGGAUCAUAAUGAGACUGUGUCACUGAUGGGACAUGCAGGAGGCCAUGCAUUAAUCCUCCUGCCUGAGUCUCUGGUGCUGACCACAAGAGAAAGACCCAUCCUCUGUCUGCUGCUCAUGUUGGGGACUUUGUGGCUCGGUUAUGCCCUCUACCUCAUCAAGAGGAGCCCAUAUCUGAAUGACAGAGUCAGAGAGGUGGUGUCUGAUUGUGCUUUGCCUAUCUCUGUGGUGAUAUUCUCCUUCAUUGGCUCCUACCUUUUCCUUGACAUACAGCUUCCUGUGUUUAGUGUCCAUGAGGGCCCGACCUUCAACUUUCCACAAUUUGGAAAGCUAUCAGGAAUGAACACGCUGAGCGCGGUCGGCCUGGGUUUCCUCCUUGCACUGCUCAUCUUUAUCGAUCAGAACAUUGUCAUCUCACUCACACAUGUACCAGAGCACAAGUUGCUAAAAGGCACAGCGUUCCACUGGGACUUAAUGCUGACUGGCUUCAUCAACAUCCUCAUGUCCUGUCUGGGCUUGCCAUGGAUGCAUGCUGCCUUCCCUCAUUCCUCCCUACACGCCCGUCAGCUGGCCAAACUGGAACAGCACGUAGAGAACGGACACCUCUACACGACUAUUGUCAGUGUGAAGGAGACACGUCUGACCUCGUUGGUGGCUAACAUCCUGAUCAGCUUGUCUGCAUUCAUGCUGCCCAUUCCUCUGCAGUGGAUCCCAAAACCCGUCCUCUACGGCCUCUUCCUCUACAUCGCAGCUACUUCGCUUGAUGGGAACCAGAUGGUGGACCGCAUGGCCCUGCUGCUUAAGGAACAGACCUCCUAUCCUCCCACCCACUACAUUCGGCGUGUGCCUCAGAGGAAGGUCCACUACUUCACCGGGUUGCAGAUGGUUCAGCUGGUGAUCCUGUGUGCAUUCGGGAUGUAUCCUCUGCCCUACAUGAAGAUGGUCUUCCCCCUCCUGAUGAUCCUGCUGGUCCCUGCCAGGACCAGCCUGCUUCCCAGAGUAAUCGACGCCAAGUAUCUGGAUAUCAUGGACGCCUAGCACAUGUAGAACAACCAUAUGAAAACAU